AUGCUUUUCGGAUGGAUUACGGCCUGCGUUCAAUCACCCAGCGCUCCUGAUUACGGUUGGGAAGUGUAUGUGGAUGGGUCUAUGGGAGCGACAUGCUCUUCAGAUGGGGUUACGUCCUGCGUUCAAUCACCCAGCGCUCCUGAUUACGGUUGGUGGAAGUGCAUGAGUUACGGCUCGGGUGGUUCCAUCCUUGCAAUUUUAAUUACACGAACUGAAAAAUUUGUAUUGGUUAAAUUCUGGGAGAGUGCUACAUCAUCACAAAAGCGAAAGUUUACAACUAUAUCAGAGCGCGCAACUUUAAUGGAGGAACAUGCUACUACGGUUUUAAAAUUAACUUCCCAACAAGAUCAACUAAUACGAGAGAAAUUUACAAGCCACUUAGAGAAUGAGGAUGCAGAUGAACAAAAUGAAGAAAUUAAAAAUCUUACAGAGUAUUUUGGCGACGAGACACGGAGGAAAGAAAAAAUAAAUUAUGCUGAUAAUUUAAGUCUCGAUUUAUCGGACUUAGAUUAUUGUGAGGAUAAGUUGAACGAUAAUAUAUCUGAGAAUGAUCCAAGAUUGUCAAUUCAUUCGGAAAAUAACUUUGGCGAAAGUACACCAUGUCCUACAAAUAUUUUAACACGAAAUAUAUCACUUAACAUAUAUAAUGAACAAGAAAACAACAAUGAAGGAGACAAAAAUAGAUAUGAUGCAGAAAGUCCAGAAGAAUGUUAUUCAUCUAACUUUGUAUUAUCUCUUCUUACAAAUGUUUCACCCGAGACUUGUUUACAACAACUAAAUUUAAUGAUUUAUCACUAUUAUCCCCCGGCCCACAGUUUCAUUCUGGACUUAUCACCAUCAUCAAAAAUAAAGAAUGAAUUUAGUUGUGAACAGUGGUCAGAGUUUUUGACAAAGUGUAUGAACUUAUCUCAAGCUCGUUUGAAGUGGUAUGAACUUCGAAAUAUGGUUGCUCCUACAUAUAAUGAAUUAUCAUAUGCAAAAAAUGACUGGGAAAAAAUCCGACGUUGGAUUGAACGAGUAAUUGGGCAAUUUUUAAAUGCAUUUGAGUCAUUUCGAAAUCCUCUAGUAAAUGACUGUCAUGAGCGUGAAUGGACAGGUGAGUAUAUUAUUCCUUUAAUAAAAGGCGUAUUGAGUUUAGAUGACAAUUGUAUUGUCCCAUGGGGAGAGAUAUCUGUCUUAGCGACCCAAUUUCGUCGUAACAAUAGUAAAGAUAUCAAUACUGAAAAAGUAACACGAAGUCACCUAGCAGACUUUUUGUGUAAAUAUGAACGAAAUGAAAUUGCUUUUGGAUUAGUAUGUGGUGGUCCACAUGCUUACGACUUAACAAAGUAUGCUUCCGAUCAGUUUAAUUUACCACGUAUGAUGAAGGAUAUGCUUGAUGAUUUGGUGUUAAAAUUUUAUUAUGCAAACAAUCCUAAAUUAUAUAUAAUCGGAAUCCAGAUAUAUAUGACAGAAGUUCAAAUUUAUUUAAUGGAGAAACACGAAAUAUAUUUUCUUCACCAUUUAAAAUCAUUUGACCUACCAAUAUCAUUUUCUUCAUAUAAAAGUCUGAAAUCUGCAUUAAAAACAGUGUGGAAUAUUCGGGGAUUAAUUAAUUCUCUUAUUCGGGAAUUUGAUAUUAUUUUUGAUAAUAAUGAUGGAUUUAAAACUCCUCCACCACGUUUGUCAGACAAUAUGAAAACCAAAGAAACACCAUCAAAACAACCAAAGAAAAAAGGAAAAGCCAAAGAAUAG